CCGCCGCCGCCGCCGCCGCCGCCGCCGCCGUCCCGGGUACCCUGCCAGCUGUGCUUUUGAAAGGCGGCGGGAGGCGGCGAGCGCGAUGGCGAGCCUGCCGCGCCUGCUGUGCGUGCUGAGCCUGCUCCUGUGCGGGGCGGCCAGCCCCGGGCUGUGCGCUCCCCGCGCCUCCACCUCCAAGAAGCCCAUCAUCGGAGUAUUAAUGCAAAAGUGCCGUAAGGACAUGAAAAGCCUGGGAAAAUACUAUAUUGCCGCAUCCUAUGUAAAAUAUCUGGAGUCUGCGGGCGCGAGAGUUGUACCAGUAAGACCUGAUCUUACCAAAGAAGAGUAUGAAAAGCUUUUCCAGUCUAUUAAUGGGAUCCUUUUCCCUGGAGGAAGCGCUGAUCUCCAGAAGUCGGGUUAUGCCCUCGCAGCCAAAAAAUUUUACGACAUGGCCAGAAGGAGUUUCGACGAUGGAGACUAUUUUCCUGUGUGGGGCACAUGCCUUGGAUUUGAAGAGCUUUCGUACCUGAUUAGUGGAGAGUGCUUAUUAACGCUCACAGAAACUGAUGGGAUUACAAUGCCUCUGAACUUCACCAAAGGUGCAUCACAGAGCAGAAUGUUCCAGAGUUUUCCAGCUGACUUGUUGAAGUCCUUAUCAAUGGAACGUCUAACUGCAAAUUUCCACAAGUGGAGCCUCUCCAUGACGAAUUUUACUAAGAAUGAAAAGUUAAAGACGUUUUUCAAUGUGUUAACUACAAAUACAGAUGGCAAGACUGAGUUUAUUUCAACCAUGGAAGGUAUGUAUCAUGGCGCAUGUACACUUUAUUUCACUUAUGUUCAUAUAUAUUAAUUUUCAUUUUAUAGU